AUGGGCAAGAAGGACUCCAAGGUCGCCGCAGCCGCUCCUGCGGUUGACGCCAAGAAGGACAAGAAGGCCGCUGCCAAGACUGUCGAAGAGACCAAGGCCAACGGUGUUACCAAGAAGGACAAGAAGGACAAGAAGGACAAAAAGUCCAAGAAGGAACCUACUCCUGAACCCGAGUCUGACUCUGACUCCAGCGAAGAGGAGGAGAGCAGCGACUCUGACUCCUCUGACUCUUCCUCCUCUUCCUCCUCGUCGGAGGAGGAAAAGAAGGAUGUCAAGGCUGAACCCAAGACCAACGGCAAGGCUGCCGCUGCUGCCACUGCUGCCACCACCACCACCACCGAGGUUUCCUCUUCCUCUUCGUCCGACUCUUCGGAAUCUGACUCGGACUCUGACUCGGACUCUUCCGAUGACGAGGACUCCACUGCCGCUACCGACUCCAAGAAGCGCAAGGCUGACGACGAGAGUCCCGUUAGCAAGAAGGCCAAGACUGAAGAGCCCGCUGCUGCCACCACUGAGCUCGCCGAAGGCGAGACCAACCAGGUCUGGGUCGGCCAGCUCUCUUGGAACGUUGACAACGACUGGCUCAAGUCCGAGAUGGAAGUUUUCGGUCAAGUCACCUCUGCUCGUGUUCAGCUCGACCGUACCACCGGCAAGUCGCGUGGUUUCGGUUACGUUGAUUUCGCCACCGCCGCUGCUGCCAAGAAGGCCUUCGAAGAGGGUCAGGGCAAGCAAGUCGACGGUCGUGCUAUCCGCAUCGAUCUCUCCACUCCCAAGGGUGACGUUAGCGAGGACCGAGCUAAGAAGUUCAACGACCAGCGAUCUGCUCCUUCUUCCACUCUUUUCAUCGGCAACCUUUCCUUCGACAUCACUGAGGACGAUGUCUGGAACGCUUUCAGCGAGCACGGUGAGGUGAGCGGUGUUCGUUUACCCAAGGACCCCGAUUCGGGUCGUCCCAAGGGUUUCGGUUACGUCGAGUUUGCUGCCCAGGAGAGCGCAGCGGCUGCUAUUGACGCUAUGACCGGUCAGGAGCUUGCUGGUCGCCCUUUGCGAUUGGACUUUUCUACACCAAGGGACCGUGAUGGUGGUGCUCCCCGUGGUGGUGGACGUGGUGGUGGACGUGGUGGUGGACGUGGUGGUGGACGUGGUGGUGCAUUCGGUGGAGGACGUGGUGGCGGUGGAGGAUUCGGAGGUGGACGUGGUGGCGGUGGACGUGGCGGUGGACGUGGUGGCCGCGGUGGUUCUUCCGACGGAUCGUUCCGCGGUAUGGCCCGUGGCGGCGGAUGGGGUCAGCGAGGUGGUAGCGCACGAACUGGUGGCGCUGCUGACUUCUCUGGCAAGAAGAUGACUUUUGACGACUAA